AUGAAUGAAGCAGGCAACACCAUCUUUCUCGACGAUAACCACGACAAAACAACAACAAGAAAGGUAACAACUAACUUCAACAACACUCAAAUAUACAACUUCAACUAUAAUGUACCAACAAAAGAAGCUUAUAAACUACUCAAACAUGCAAGAAACAAUCCAGCAUGUACACCAAACUCAAGACACCUUCAAACAUCAAAAUGUAAACUUGCAUUGAAAAAUUUGCCUGCAAUAGUAUAUGAGAAGAAUUGGGAUGUCAUAGUGGUCGAUGGACCGAGUGGCCUUUCGACCGAGUCACCUGGUAGAAUGGCAUCCAUUUACACUGCUAGUGUUCUAGCUAGAGGUGGGAAUGGUUCAGAUGUACUUGUACAUGAUGUAGAUCGAAUGAUAGAAAAAUGGUUUUCUUGGGAGUUUCUUUGUGAUGAGAAUUUGUUGUAUUCUAAAGGGAAAUUAUGGCAUUUCAGAAUUAGAGGUCAUUUAAAUUCCACUACAUUCUGCCCUGUGUAA